AUGCCCAUUCAGCAACCACCACCACCUCCUCAACAAUCCAUACACAGCCAACCCGAAAAGAAGCAAGAAGAAGGCUCAAUGGCAGCAGGUGGGAAUAUUUAUCCAGUCAUUUAUGAGAGUGCAGUGCUGGAUAGUUUCAAUCAUUCAACCAACGAUUCCUUUAGGAACGACGUCUUCGUGUAUCCUCCUCAUCAUCAUCCACAAGAGGUGUACACCUCACAUCAUCACUCCACCAUCACGACUAGUCCUCCGAUGAUGCCAUCAUCAUCCUCUUCCGUUCUUCAUCAUUCCUAUCAUCAUCAUGGAUUCAUGCCAACAGCUCCAGUGAUGUUUGAUUACUAUCAGCAUCAUCACUAUCAAGAAGGAAUUUAUUUGGUUCCAAAUCCUUAUCAAUCGCAACCACAACAACAACCACAUCAUUCCAUGACUCAUCACUCCCAUGAUACUACAACGACAUACAUUGUUGAAAAUCCAAAUGUACCAUCAACAAGACCCAAAACAGAAGAAGAAAAGCCCUACAUUGUACAUACCUUGAACAAGCAUACAGACACCUUGACCAAACUUGCAUUAAGAUUUAAUUGCAACGAAGAAGACAUCAAAAUGUUGAAUAACAUUCUCUGUGACGAUUUAGAUCUGUAUGAGCAUGAUACGAUUCUCAUUCCAAAACGAGAAGUUCAAUUUAUUAAGGAAAAUUAUGACUUGGAAGAGACAAAGCGUGCCACUGAACGACAACGCUCUCUCAUGGUUUCUAACUUUGCCAAAAUGAAUAAGAUCUCUAUCGACGAGGCCCGUACCUAUCUCGAAAUGCAUGAUUGGAAAUCAAAAGAGGCACGAGAGGAAUUACUGAAAGAUCAAGCUUGGGAGAAACAAACCAUGGGUAAGGUGUUAUCACCUGGUCAUUUUGCAAAGACAUUGUCUUCCAAUACUACCCCCACUCACCGAUCUAAGACAGCUUCUUCGAGAGGAGGCAGCAGUCAUUCCUCUUCAAACAAUACUGGAUUGACUCGACGUGCACCUCCAAGAAAUUCAGAAUACAUGAACUAUUCCUAUGAAAUGAUUGACAUGAAGUAA